GAAUGUGAAAUAUUGCUCGGUGAACGUAAAACGACUCGACUUCAGUCUCUCGAGAAACGUUUACCGUUCGAGACGUGCUUAAUCAGUGGAAACAGACGAGAGGAAAUUCAGAGGGGACCAUAAUGGCGGCCAAGAAGGCACUCAUCGUCCUUCUGGCUGUGACCUUGUCACUUCUGAUCGAGGACACCGAAGCCGGCUGGAAAUUCUGGAAAAAGGACAAGGAGACGACGACAGAAACGCCAACCACCUCGACAACAACUACUACAACAAUCCGCCCAGUACCAAACAACAACCCUCCUCCAGGCUCGCGACAGUCCACCGGUUCCGUCAACAAAGCCCUCAUCGGAGCAACGAAUCCCGGUCUUGCAAUAGGAGUGGGAAAUUCCGGGCAAAAUGUACGCGACAACGCGCGUCCCCAGAGGCUCAACCCUGGAACCGAAGUUGGUCAGGACUUUCCAGGAUCUAGACCAGCAAACCCAGUUAUUGGUGGAGGUACGGGUCAGGGGUACAGAGACUGGGCUGUGGACCUCACCGGUGCUGGAGACCCCUCCAGACAGGCUCCAAGGCUCCCAUCCACAGGACCAGCAUUAUCCCCUGGAGGGUCCACUCCAGGAUUGACUAAACCAGGGAGUCCCAACUCUCCUCAACCUGUCGUGCCAAACAGACCAGGAAGUGGAGGAUCAAGUCCCCAAUCAGGACCUCCAGCAAGCAGACCGGCCUCUCCAGCAUCAGGUGCUGGAAGCCCUUCAGUGAUCUCCACUCCUGCUGCACAAGGAAAUAAGCAGGGCCCUCCUGCCCUUGGCCCCAGACCAGGAUCUCCAUCAAGUUUGGGAGGAUCUACUGGAGGAUUGUCACCAAGUUAUGGACAAACUGGAGCCACUGGAGGAUCGCCGUCAAUUCCUGGACAAGUUGGAAGUGACGACAGACCGCACGUGUCCAACAUCAAUGUUGGACCGAUUACUCCAGCCCCGCCUGGUCAACGUUCUCCAGGAUAUCCGAGUCUUCCAGGAUCUCCCAGCUCUCCAGGAGCUUCCCCUCCUGGAGGAAAAACGUGGGCGGAAGUCGCCGGGGGUGGAAGCCGUCCUGGGUCACCGACUCCACCUCCCAGGUCCUCUGGACAACCGAUUUCUGGACAGACUGGGGGAAGAAUCACUCCUGGAGCAGUGGCUGGGGGACUUGCUGGAGGCGCCAUCGGGGCGGCUGGACUGGCGGCCAAUGGUGCCAGAAAGACGUAUUCUAGUAAUCCUAUUUACAGUAAAGGCAACUCGGUGACUGAUGAGGAUCUGGAGAAGUUGUCUGAAGCCCUCUGGAUCAAAGAUAAUAAUAAUGCUUGGAAGUAUAUUACACUGAAUCUCCAGAAGCAGACCAGCUCGAGUAGCCAAAAGGAUGAGGCGGCAGAACCAUUGCUCAAGGUCAAGGAGGAAGCGUCCCAGAUUCCCACAAUCGCAAAAGUGCUUACUAUCUACGACAACUACAAGCUGGACACUCGUGAGAAUGAAUACAUCAGCCCAGCUCAGAGAAACGAGGAGAGUCUGCUCGUCGACACUUUCCUGAGUACAAAUGUCAUGUCCGCGGCCAUGCGCUUCCUCGCGGACAAGGGCUACAUCCGCAAAGAUUACUACGACUACAAGGACACCCUGCGGAGGAUGUGGUUCAACCUUUAUUCAAGAGGUGACGGCAAGAUUGGAAGCACUGGGUUCGAGCACGUUUUCUUAACGGAACUUAAGUUAGGUACUGAAGUCAGUGGACUACAUAAUUGGAUAUACUUCAACGCUGAGGAGAAGAACCGACGAGCUGAUUAUUUGGGGUACAUCAAGAAAGUGGAUCUUGGAGAUAAAGCCGCGAUUCUCAAGCUCCACGCAAAAUUCAACAACAUCGACAAGCCAGUGACAACAAUGUUCAUAGGCACCUCCCCAGAGCUGGAAAUGGCUUUGUACACCGUAUGCUUCUUCGUGAGGCCAGAACAAACGUGUCCCGUUUCCUUAGGCGGAACUAAGUUCAACAUAGUUACCCACAAAUUUAGAUACAGAGGAUACGAUCUGGUUGGCUCUGCGUAUCCAGACAUAUAAACAAUUUCAUACUCUAAUUUUUGUGAAGAUUUUUAUAGGCUGUUUAUUAUCGCCAUUGUUGUUUUAUUGAGAUACGAGGUAGCGUAUCCGCCAAGGAAAAGUU